AAAAUAUUAAUAAUAUAAUCCUUGUUACAGAUCCCAAUAUACGUCUUCCCGUCCAUUUAUCAAAAUUCCUGUCUGUCUGCGAGCCAAGAAAAGUUUACGUUAUCGAGAAGGAAUUCCCAUUCUUUUGGAUUAUUGAUACUGAAAUCGCAGGCGCCGAGGAUGUCCGGGAUAUGGAGGUGGAGCAGACUACGAGACACGGCGGUUCUAACGGUUGUUUCGGGUAGAAAGACGGCGGCAACGGCGACGAGAAUGACUUCUACGUCGAACCACUGUUGUGAGGAGCAGAAGAGGUGGUUCUUGAACUGCCUCCACCGUGUUAAGCGGCGGGAGUCGAUUGUUGGGGUGCAGGAGAGGUACAAGUGGGGCGGCGCUGGCUCUUCCUCACAGCCCAUCCGGCGGAUUAGGGCGGAGACCGAUUGCCCUCGUUGCUCCAAUCACACGGAUCUCAUAUUCACCAAUAACCGACCUAAUUCUGUCGUUAAUAACGACGGUACUGACACUAGUGCUGUUUCGAAAAUUGGAGGUUCUAAUAAUCUCUGCCCCAAGUGUAAGACCGCCUACAAUAUGGCGCCCCUUCAAGGAAGCUUCUUCGAGAUUGAGAGGGCCAAGAAAUUUGGCAGUGCCAAGAAUUCCGGUAAUAAGGUGGAACAAUACGGAAAGCCGAUCAGGUCAUCCUUCUGGGGGAAUCUGAAGUCGUAUAGCGGUGAGCCUCCAGAGAAUUGGCCCCCGGCCGGCUCUUCUCCGCCGUCUGAGAAUGGGGUAGCUGUGCAUACGCCUCCCGGCCCACCGUUUGCCCCCGGUACCAAUGUCAUUCGAGCUUCUGCUCCAGGCGGCAAUGGGGAGAAGAGUCAGUGGGGCGGGUCUAAUUUGGGAAAGAAUUUACCCACCCCAAAGGAGAUCUGCAGGGGGCUUGAUAAAUUUGUCAUUGGCCAAGAGCGUGCCAAGAAGGUGCUCUCGGUGGCUGUUUAUAACCACUACAAAAGGAUAUACCAUGCUUCUCUGCAAAAGGGAUCAGGAGCAGAGACAGUAAGGGAAGAUAGUGAAGACAGUGUAGAACUGGAAAAAAGCAAUGUGCUACUGAUGGGGCCAACAGGCUCAGGGAAGACACUGCUUGCCAAAACCCUAGCUCGGUUUGUGAAUGUGCCGUUUGUUAUUGCUGAUGCAACAACUUUAACACAGGCUGGUUAUGUUGGCGAAGAUGUUGAAUCAAUAUUGUACAAAUUGCUUACGGUUGCUGAGUUCAAUAUAGAAGCAGCACAACAAGGGAUAGUUUACAUUGAUGAAGUUGAUAAGAUAACCAAGAAGGCUGAGAGUUUGAAUAUUAGCCGUGAUGUCUCUGGUGAAGGAGUUCAGCAGGCACUACUGAAAAUGCUAGAAGGAACGAUUGUGAAUGUUCCUGAAAAGGGGGCAAGGAAGCAUCCUCGUGGUGAGCAUAUUCAGAUAGAUACAAAAGACAUCCUUUUUAUAUGUGGCGGAGCAUUCAUUGAUUUGGAGAAAACCAUCUCGGAGAGGCGGCAGGAUUCUUCAAUUGGUUUUGGUGCUCCUGUACGUGCCAACAUGAGAACUGGCGGAGUAACUAAUGCUUCUGUGACAUCUUCUUUGCUAGAAUCUGUUGAGAGCAGCGAUCUGAUUGCAUAUGGCCUCAUACCAGAGUUUAUCGGACGGUUCCCUAUUUUAGUUAGUCUGUCAGCACUUACUGAGGACCAACUUGUUCAGGUCCUCACUGAACCCAACAAUGCUCUAUGUAAGCAGUACAUAAAAUUAUUCAGCAUGAACAAUGUGAAGCUACAUUUUACAGAUGAGGCGUUAAGAUUGAUUGCAAAGAAAGCAAUGGUUAAAAACACUGGUGCCAGAGGGCUAAGAGCCUUACUUGAAAGUAUAUUGACUGACGCUAUGUAUGAGAUUCCCGACGUCAAGACAGGAGACGAGAGAGUAGAUGCUGUUGUGGUAGAUGAAGAGUCGGUAGGUUCUGCAAGUGGCCCUGGAUGCGGUGGUAUAGUGCUUCGGGGAAAUGGUGCUUUGGAGACCUACCUCGCUAAGCCUCGGUUCAAAGAUCAAAGGGAAAUGGUGGAAGUGGAGAUGCAGGACAAUGAAGCAGAAGUAUCCUCUACAGCAAUGAGCAUGUAAGAUUAGUGGGGAUCACAUUGUAUAAGCUUAGUCACUUGUAAAUUUUUAUUUUUUUUUAAUUCACGGUAGUGUAUUAGUGUAUUGGUCCCCUUGUAACACAAAUAUAGAUUAUAGUCACAGAAGAUGCAAUGAUAGGACCAAAGGAUGAGGAGGAUAAUGUAACUAUGUAAACCUUCUAAUUUUAUUCAAAAGAUGUAAAGAUUCUUUGUCAAUAAGAGGAAGGGGGAUUGUAUGUA